AUGCUUGUUAAGAAGAGACAAGCUGAAGCUUCUCGUAUCAGAGACAAGUAUCCAGAUAGAAUACCCGUCAUUGUUGAAAGAGCCGAGAAGAGUGAUGUCCCUGAUAUUGACAAGAAAAAGUACUUGGUCCCAGCUGAUCUGACAGUUGGUCAGUUUGUUUAUGUUGUGAGGAAGAGGAUCAAGCUCAGUCCUGAGAAAGCCAUCUUCAUUUUCGUCAAGAACAUUCUUCCACCUACUGGUUUGAUUAUUCCCUAA